AGUCCUCACAUCAGACCUCAGACUGUUACAGACCGUCACAGAAUCCGGAUCAGAGUCCAGAUCAGAGAUCUCCAUCAGACCACAAUGAAGUCUUUCACCCUCUUUCUGUGUCUGGUUCCGGUGCUCUCGGCUCGGGUCUCGGCGGGUCCGGGCUGCGGACCGUGUGACCCGGCUCAGUGCGCUCCUCUCCCGGGGGAGGGCUGCCCCGCCGGGAUCCUGAUGGACUCCUGCGGCUGUUGCACGGUCUGUGCCGCCGCGGAGGGAGAGCUGUGUGGCGGCCGCCGCGCGGCAGCGCGCCGCUGCGGCUCCGGACUGGAGUGCGUCAAAAGCGACGAGGACAAGAAGAACAAGCUGGGAGUGUGCGCGUGCAAGACCAACUACGAGGUGUGCGGGACCGACGGGGUAACGUACCGAACCGGCUGCGCCCUGAAGAGCGCGAGCUUGGCAGCCCAGGCCGAGGGCAGAGAACCCAUCAACGUCCAGAACAAGGGCCGCUGCGCCACAGCCCCAGUCAUCGUCACUCCUCCAGGUGAAGUCUACAACGUGAGCGGCUCUCAGGUGUACCUGAGUUGUGAGGCGGUGGGCGUGCCCACACCUGUUCUCACCUGGAAGAAGGUUCUCAGUGGGAAGAAGAGGAUGGAGCUUCUCCCUGGAGACAGAGACAAUCUGGCGAUUCAGACCAGAGGAGGACCAGAGAAACAUGAAGUGACCGGCUGGGUUCUGAUCUCUCCUCUGACCAAAGAAGAAGAAGGAUCAUACGAGUGUCACGCCACCAACUCUAAAGGUGAAGCUUCGGCCAUGGGCGCCAUUCACCUGGUCCAGUCCAUCGAUGACAUCAUCGUCAAGACAGUGACAAAGGAAGAUGAACUGUGAUCAGCUGAUCGGAGAUCAAUGAAGAUGAUCGUCACAGGAAACAGCUGAGGAUCUUUUUUUCAAACUUUGAGUGAAAAUUAUCUUAAAGUAAUAAAGUUUUCUUUAUUUUCUUUCUUUGCUCCUGAAACUUUUCACUUUGAUUUUAGUUAAAAGUAGUUUAGUCAAGUUUAAUGAUUGUUUCACUUCCUGUUUUUUUCUUGAUGUUCAAAUUAACUGUUCUUCUUUUAACUUUUGAUAUUUUUCAUCCUUUGUUUUCAUCAAUUAAUUCACUGAUGCAGGUUACCAUGGCAACAGCAUUGAUGCUUCACUGAGUUUCUUGGAAAUUGAAGUUGUUGGCUUCACGUUAGAAUAAAAAUCUGGAACUAAAGUUUUAGUUUUGCUGAAUAAAAACCAUUAAACAGA